GUUAGAGACUGGUGAUGCUCAAUAUGAUGGAGGCGCCAAUGGUGCUUCCAAUACUUCUGUUGGAGGAGGAAUUGUUGAUGAUGAUGAUGAUGAAGGUGGUUCAGGAGGUAAAUCUCAAAAAGAAAGAAGAAAGAUUGAAAUCAAAUUCAUUCAAGAUAAAUCAAGACGUCAUAUUACAUUUUCUAAAAGAAAAGCUGGUAUUAUGAAAAAAGCUUAUGAAUUAUCAGUUUUAACUGGUACUCAAGUUUUAUUAUUAGUGGUUAGUGAAACUGGUUUAGUUUAUACUUUUACAACUCCAAAAUUACAACCUUUAGUUACUAAGAGUGAAGGUAAAAAUUUAAUUCAAGCUUGUUUAAAUGCUCCAGAAGAAGGUUUAGGUGAUGAUCAAGGUGAUCAAUCUGAUGGUCAAUCUCAAGAACUGCCAGAUCAAAGUCCAGCUCCAAAUCAACAACAAGUUCAUCAAGUUCCACCUCCUCAAGUUCAACAACAAGGUCCUCCACCUCAACAACAAGGUCCACCACCACCUCAACAAUUACCCCCUGGUGCUCAUAUGCCUCAUCAAGGACCUUAUCCAACUCAAGGUGGAGGACAUCCUCAACCUGGAAUGCUUCCACCAAAUGCAUAUGGACAAGAUUAUCAAUAUUUUGCAAAUAUUCCAAAUAAUAACAUUCCAAAUCAACAACAUUAUCAAUAAAGGGGAUGAUGAUUACAAUUCAUUCAGUCAAAUUGUUCCUUUUUUGUUUUUUAAUAUUUGGAUCAAUUUAACUUAACUUAACAUAAAUAAAUAAUCAAAAAAAAAAAAAAAUAAUAAUGAAAAACUUGGAAAAAGUGUCCCUAUAAAUUAUUUUUGUCUUUUCCAUUU